GUGUUUGGUUGGCUGCUGCGCGAGAGAGAGCGUGCCCGCGGCACCACCACCAACGUUAGCUUCUGCGUGUGGCCGUGGGCGCGCGCCCUCCCCAUGACGACCGCCACCGCCAUCGUCGCCGGGCACGUCCUCGCGCUGCGCCGGAGCCUGCUCCUCUCCAAGCCCAGCUGCGCCUCCUUCUCCGCGCGCGCGAUCCCGCCGGCCGCCCAUUGCUGCCGCACGGUCGCCGCCGCCACGCCGUCGCGGGCGUGCCGGUGCCGGUCCGUCUCCUCCGAGAGCUCCACCGCCGCCGACAUCGCCGACGAGGAGGGGCCCAAGAGCGACGCCGAGGAGUAUGAGGAGGGGGAGGAGGAGGAGGACGGCAGCGAGGAGGUGGACCCGCUGGCGGAGGUGUGCUACCUGGACCCGGAGGCGGAGGCGGAGGGGAUCCGGGAGUGGGAGCUGGACUUCUGCUCCCGCCCCAUCCUGGACGCCCGCGGGAAGAAGGUGUGGGAGCUGGUGGUGUGCGACGCGACGCUGUCCCUCCAGUUCACCCGCUUCUUCCCCAACACCUCCAUCAACAGCGUCACGCUCCGCGACGCGCUCGCCUCCGUCGCCUCCUCCCUCGGCGUGCCCCUCCCCGACCGCGCCCGCUUCUUCCGGUCGCAGAUGCAGACCAUCAUCACCCGCGCCUGCAACGAGCUCGGCGUCAAGGCCGUGCCCAGCCGCCGCUGCGUCUCCCUCCUCCUGUGGCUGGAGGAGCGCUACGAGACGGUGUACAGCCGCCACCCGGGCUUCCAAACGGGCACCAAGCCGCUGCUCACUCUCGACAACCCCUUCCCCACCAGCUUGCCGGAGAACCUCUUCGGCGACAAGUGGGCGUUCGUGCAGCUCCCCUUCUCCGCUGUGAGAGAGGAGGUGGAGUCGCUGGAGAGGAGGUAUGCAUUCGGGGCGGGGCUCGAUUUGGACCUCCUCGGGUUCGAGCUCGACGAGAACACCUUGAUUCCAGGGGUUGCUGUUGAAUCUUCGCGAGCCAAGCCUCUAGCUGCUUGGAUGAACGGUCUAGAGCUCUGCUCAAUGGAGGUGGACACGGGCAGGGCGAACCUGAUCCUAUCGGCGGGUGUGUCGACCAGGUACGUGUACGCCGGGUACCAGAAGAGCGCCGCGACGACGCAGGAGGCCGAGGCCUGGGAGGCGGCGAAGAAGGCCUGCGGUGGCCUGCACUUCCUGGCCAUCCAGGAGAACCUCAACUCCGACGGCUGCGUCGGGUUCUGGCUCCUGCUGGAUCUUCCCCCGCCGCCCGUAUGAUGAUGAUGGUGGUGGCGACGAUGAUCAUCAUCCAGCCCCGGACGUACGGUAGCAUCUAGCGUGUGUUUGCCGUCGGAAUUACUGUGUAGUAUGUGUAGCUACAGUGACAGGUUUUUUCAACACGAAGAAUCCCUUCCAUGUUUUUUCUGCAAAAAGGUGUACUUAUGAUUGGCAAAGAGGAAAGGCAGGGGAGAGAUGAGUUUAUAAUGGUUUGUUGGUUUAAAAGCCUUCUUCUCGGAGAGUGUUUUGUUUGGGAUGUACAUUUUCACAGGUUAGUCUCCUCGAACAAAAAUCACAGGU